GGAGGCUGGGCCCAUUCUGCCGGCGCAGGUUGCGCGGGAGAAACGGAGAGCUUGGGUUUUGGAGGGCUGGAUCUCCGAGGGACGGGAUCUCCGGCGCCGGGUGCGUCCUAGCGAUGGCACAGGGAGCAGCUGCUGACUUUGGGUAAAGCGGAUCGACAGAGGCGCAGGAGAGCGGCCCAAACCUCCAAGGAAAAAAAAGCAGAGGAGUAGCACCAUCAGGUCCACUGCAUAUCCAAUCCAUAUUAUUUAUCCUGUUUCUGUCAUCACUGCCACUAUGCCUGCUUUUCGGCAGGUUGGGGAAAAGCAGCUUCCUCAAGAAGUCAUUUUUAUGGCCUGGUCUCCCAAGAGGGAUUUGAUCGCUCUUGCAAACAAAGUUGGAGAGGUUUUGCUUCACCGCCUUGCAAACUUUCAGCGAUUGUGGAGUUUGCCACCGAGCGAAAGCACCGGGAAGGAAGUGACGGCCCUUGCGUGGAGGCCAGAUGGCAAAAUUUUGGCUUUUGCGCUUGCGGAUACUAAGCAAGUUAUCUUGUGUGACGUAGAGAAACCAGAGAGCUUGCAUUCUUUCUCAGUGGAUGCUCCUAUCACUUACAUGCACUGGAUGGAAGUGACAGAGGAAAGCAGUGUCCUCACUUCCUUUUAUAAUGCUGAGGACGAGUCCAAUCUUCUUCUUCCAAAACUACCAGCAUUGCCGAAGAACUACAGUACCACUGCAAAAAUAUUCAGUGAAGAAAAGUCAGAUGAGAUUAUGAAACUCAUGGGAGAUGUCAGGCUGAAUGCUCUGGUUCUUGGGGGCAAUGCUGGGUUUAUUGAGAUCUACGCUUAUGGGAUGUACAAGAUAGCUACAGUAACGGGGGUGACUGGUUCCUGUCUCACUUUGUGCUUAUCGAGUGACUUGAAAUCACUGUCGGUUAUCACAAAAGUAGAAGUUUCUCCAGAAAGUGAGCCAGAGAUAACAUACUUCCAAUUGGACACCAGUUUGCUCUCAAGCUAUUUACCAGAAGUGACUCGAAUGGCUAGAAAAUUCACACACAUUUCAACACUCUUGCAGUAUAUAAAGCUGUCACUGACAUGCAUGUGUGAAGCUUGGGAAGAAAUACUGAUGCAGAUGGAUUCACGGCUAACCAAAUUUGUGCAGGAAAAGAACACAACGACGUCCGUUCAAGACGAAUUUAUGCAGUUGCUCUUGUGGGGCAAAGCAAGCCUUGAACUUCAGGCGCUGCUUAUGAAUCAGCUCACAGUAAAGGGCUUAAAAAAACUUGGCCAGUCCAUGGAAUCCUCUUAUUCCAGUAUUCAGAAGCUUGUCAUCAGUCACUUGCAAAGUGGCUCUGAGGCUUUGCUUUACCACCUCAGUGAACUGAAAGGAAUGGCAUUGUGGAAACAAAAGUAUGAGCCUCUUGGAUUGGACGCCACAGGAAUAGAAGAAGCUAUUACUGCGGUGGGCUCCUUCAUCCUUAAAGCAAAUGAGUUGCUUCAGGUUAUAGACAGCAGUAUGAAGAACUUCAAAGCCUUUUUCCGGUGGCUAUAUGUAGCCAUGCUGAGGAUGUCAGAAGAUCAUGUCCCUCCAGAGCUGAACAAGAUGACUCAGAAAGAUAUCACUUUUGUUGCCGAUUUUCUUACUGAACAUUUCAAUGAGGCACCUGAGCUCUACAAUCGUAAAGGGAAAUACUUUAAUGUAGAAAGAGUUGGUCAGUAUUUGAAAGAUGAGGACGAUGACCUCGUGUCCCCACCUAACACAGAAGGAAACCAGUGGUUUAACUUCCUCCAAAAUAGCAACCACCUUAAAGAAAGCCCGUUGCUGUUUCCAUACUACCCUCAGAAGUCCUUGCAUUUUGUCAAAAGGCAGAUGGAGGGAAUUAUCGACCAGUGCCUACGAAAGCCGGCUGAUGUGGUUGGAAAAUCCGUGCACGAGGCGUUUUGUAUGCCUUUAUACAAAGCAUCCAAAAGUGAGGACCCAGCAUCUCAGCUCUUCAAGUUGCCCUUUUUGUGGAAUGAUAAAUCAUCCAAUUUGCAUUACGUUUUGUUCACGAUGUUAGAAAGCUCCAUUUCUAAAAUAUACAUAUUGAGGAGGCAUACAGACAUUUCAAGGUCUGCUGAUAAUGGGCUCCUCGCUGUUGAUUUUGGAAAUUUUCUAAACAGCAGUAUUAAUGAAAAUUCAGGAACCAGUUGUUACAGUUGCCUUGAUGCCCAUUUCUAUGACGAUGAAACGAUCACGGUAAUCCUCGCGGAGAAUUCAGAGCAAGAGGGAAAGGAGAGGAUUCUGGCCCAGUUGCCGUUAUCAUCCGUAUAUACCGAGGAAAACCAGGGAUUGGAAUUCAGAUGGAAUUCUGCUCAAAGAUUGGAUAUGCAAUGUGAGGACAUUCCUACACAGCCUGUCACCAUCGAGGGUCAGUGGAGGGUGUUAGAGAACAUGAAAGCCCAGUAUGUUGCUGUAAAUGGCAUCCGAAAAGUUUCUUGUGUGCUAAGUUCAAACCUCCGGCACAUCCGAGUGUUUGAAAUGGACGUGGAAGAUGACGGAGAGGCGGAGGAGGAAGAAGAGGAAGAAACGGCCCCGCAGGCAAGCGCGGGCGAGGAGGAGCCUCGGCCGUCUACAAGCAACCAGGAAGAGAGCGUCCGUGCUGAAUUAGCGGAUGAAAUAGGAGAACAGGAAUCGAGUCUCAAUGCGUGAGACAAAACUCCCGUUUCACUGGCUGCAGGUGGUCGAAACGCUGGCCAUAAAACAUACUUAGGGGGAUUAGCUUGAACAGGAGUGCUUACAUCUCGAGCCUAAUUUUGCUCUUCCCUUCCUGGAGCAGGGAAAGAAACCACCGAGUGGCUGGAUUAGCACCCCCGAUUAUGGUUUGUUUAGGAGAAAACAAACCAUAAACACCAGGAUGGAUGCAACACUAAACCAACACUAUACCACUUCUCCACUCCAGGAAGAGGAAAGGGGAGCUGGGAGGGCUCGAGAUGCAUGCAGAUCUCAUGCACAAACUCCCUAACCUAUUUGAUGGCCAGUGUUUUUCUGUUACGUGUUGGAGAGAAGAAAGAGUAUUUACUGUACCAGGCUAUAAAAGGCCUUUGUGGGUAUGGAGGCAUCCCUGACUGUUCCUUUCCUUUCCCCAGUGUUUCCCAGUGCUGCUUCUUGCUUCUGAGUUGCCAGAAUAAGUGCAGCGCUGGAAGAAAACAAACCCAGCCGCAGCCAGUUCAUCCUGCAAACACAUAUCUUCCCUUUAAACCUAAGACAGUUUUGUGGUUCUAACGCUUCCCUCCAGUUUGCCCAUGGCCUCUGCCUCCCACUUUUCCUCGUCCGCUUUCAUAGUUUGGCUUCAGAUGAUUCCAAACAGGCACCGCAACAUGAGAAAUGGGCUUUAAACUUGGCGUUUCCCAUCUGUAUUUGUAAAGGGGUGGUAAAUUAAAUUAAAAAUUGAUCUUUUUUCCCGUA